GCGCAAGGAAGAUGACAAUCUGACACGUGUGUGAUGCAGCCGGCUACACAUCGACUACGCCCUGGGCUCCUCAUCAGAUCGGACCUGACAGAAUGGAGAGCGGAUUUUUUUCUCCUUUACGCGAGGCGCGAUGUCCGAGGAAAAGAGGCGCAAGGGUCAAAAGGCAGCUCCUGCCAGCUCGCGCCAAGCGGGAGAAUCUCCCCAUUUCUGACGUCCAAUCCACAACACAGCGAGCAGAAGCAGCAACUCCCAAGAAAGCUCGUCACUCGACUCGAACCGAAACUAUCGCUGAUGCACGCUCGACACUCUGCACACGAUUCAGCACGGCUCGAACUCAGCUACGCUUCGCUCCUGCUAUCCUGCUUCCCAGUCGCCAUGCCUCCGUGUCCGCCCGCCAAGCGGACUCCACCUGUCGAGCCUCGAGUCGUUCCAUGUCUUCCCGACCUCUUCGAUCCAUCCAUCCAUCCAUCCAUCCAUCCCAUCUGUCCAACCAUGCCAUACAUCUCUCAAACCCCAAUCCAUCUCAGUCUCCACGUGUAACUUUCGUGUACUCUUUUCCCUUCAGAUAGCCAUCUCGAGCCAAAGCGCCAAAGAGACCUCGAUGCAGAAUCCUCAGAAUCGCGAAUUGGAUCGACUGGUUGCUUGCCCCGUGCGCUUUCUACCCGUUGCCUGCGCUUGCGUCCUUCUCGCUGUCUGUUCAGCUCAGCCAACAAGUGCGAAGAAAGGCCCCAAAGAAUUUCCCCCCGCCCGCUCAAACUCCCG